AUGUGGAAGGGAAAGAACGACACAGAAUUCAGAAUAAAAGAGUUUAUUCUGGUGGGCUUUCCUGGACUUCAUCCUGAUUAUUAUGGCCUGGUGGCAUUCAUUUUCUGUCUUGUUUAUGUCAUCACAGUUGUAGGGAACUCUCUUUUAGUGGUAACAUUUGUGCAUGUGCCCAGCCUCCAUAAACCUAUGUACAUUAUCAUGUUGAGUUUGGCUCUGUCUGACAUAGGAUUCAGUACUGUUGCUCUACCCAAGAUAAUUUCACGGUACUGGUUUGAUGACAGAUUUAUGACCUUCAAUGUCUGUUUCUCACAAAUGUUCCUGAUUCACACCUUUGGAACUGUGAACUCUUACAUCAUGGGGAUUAUGGCUCUGGAUCGUUAUAUGGCCAUAUGUUAUCCUCUCAGAUACCCUGUGCUCAUGAAAAAUCAGACCAUGGCCAUCCUCAAUAGCGUUGCCUGGGUUUUCUCUUUUGUUACCCCUGCUAUCUUCUCUGUCUAUGACUACAGGCUGCCAUACUGUGGGCCUAACAAAAUUUUUCAGUGUUAUUGUGAUCAUCAUUCUAUGGUUACACAGGCAUGUGCUGACCACGGGUUUGCUACACUGGUUGCCUUCAUAUUAGCUAUGUUGGUGCUUCUGAUACCCUUAGCUUUUAUCAUCUACUCAUACAUUCAUAUCAUUUUCAGUGUUACAAGAAUAGCCAGUUCAACAGGCCGGUGGAAAGCCUUCUCCACCUGCACCACUCAGCUUUGUAUAAUCAUUCUUUACUAUCUACCACGAUGCAUCGUCUAUAUUUUCAAUGUGGCUGGUCUCUAUAUAAACAUAGACCUUCGUAUCACACUUAUCCUUUUCUAUAGCCUGUUUCCCCCCCUUGUCAACCCCUUCAUCUACUGCUUCAGAACAAAAGAGAUCAAACAGGCACUGGCCCAAUGGUUCAGUAUAAAAAAGAACAAAAACUUCUCCAUUGCUCCUAUUCCAAGAUGA